AUGAGCCUGACCACCGCUCAGUGCAGCAAUGCACCAGAUACUACUACCACCGAUGCAGGCGUCGCAGGUGCCGGUGUCCUCCUAGCCUUCGUAAUAACCGCCGGCAUCACCCUCAUCCUUAGCACCUACAUCAUCCUCGGCGACUUUCGAACUGGCGCCCCAGUGACGCCGAAGAUCAUAUCGCGGAAACUCGUCUCCUCCUUCUCCGACCAGCAGAUUAUCGAAGGCAUCGGCAUCCAAGCCGUCGGCCUGGCGAAGAUGCGCACAAUGGUUCCAUAUCAUUUCUUCGUAAUCUGGCUGCUUGCCCUUCUCUCAACAGCAACACAUCUGGGCACGCUCCUAGCGCUGGUGCAAGACUACAAGCGCGAUUGGGUCCUGAGAUGGCUGAGACAAGGCUUCAUGUUCAUCAAUCUAGCGCUGAAUGUACUUUGCGGCGUCUUCGUGCUGAAGAGUGUGGUGGAUGGCAUAGCGCCUACGCUGCCAAUUGGCUGUGUAUGGGUUGAUGGGGCGGACAGGAGUGGAGAUAGAAACAACAAGGCUCUCAGCGUCGUGGGCACGAUUGUGGUCAUUGCGGUUACGGUCAUCUUGUUUAUCUUCGCGACCUGGUAUCUGCACCUGCGCCGGAGCGCCAAGUGGGCGAAGUGGGUGCGACUGAUUGGCAUUAUCCUCCUCUCCGCCAUGGCCGUGGGAGCUGCGGUGAGAGUGAUGAUGGUAGCGAGCGCCUUUGGAGGGGACAAGGACGUGUCGUUGCGAGGUCCCAGUGAGAGUUCGUGGAGCUUCGGUCAGUUGUUGACCUUGCUGGUGUUGAUACUGCCGUUUAUUUCUGCGCUGGAAAUCUUCAGAGGCGAGAUUGGGGUCAGCGCAGAGCAGGUGGAGGACGAUCGGCAGCCGCUGAAUGGGAAUGAGUUGAAGCCGCUGAACGAUCGGUAUGAUUAUCAGGACAACCCGUUCAAGGCUGGGUCGAAGAAGAAGACUACGAAGGCUUUUAGAUCUCCAGGAUAG